AUGGACAUCGCCAUCCAGCACCCCUGGUUCAAGCGUGCGCUGGGCCCCUUCUACCCCAGCCGGCUGUUCGACCAGUUUUUCGGCGAAGGCCUCUUCGAGUACGACCUUCUGCCCUUCCUGUCGUCCACCAUCAGCCCCUACUACCGCCAAUCUCUCUUCCGCACCGUGCUGGACUCCGGCAUCUCCGAGGUCCGGUCCGACCGGGACAAGUUCGUCAUCUUCCUGGACGUGAAGCACUUCUCCCCGGAGGACCUCACUGUGAAGGUGCUGGAGGACUUCGUGGAGAUCCAUGGCAAGCACAACGAGAGGCAGGACGACCACGGCUACAUCUCCCGGGAGUUCCACCGCCGCUACCGCCUGCCUUCCAACGUGGACCAGUCGGCCCUCUCCUGCUCCCUGUCCGCGGACGGCAUGCUGACCUUCUCGGGCCCCAAGAUCCCAUCUGGCGUGGACGCCGGCCACAGCGAGAGAGCCAUCCCCGUGUCGCGGGAGGAGAAGCCCAGCUCCGCGCCCUCGUCCUAA